GAGUGCACUCCAAGGCGGCUUUAACCUCAGUGCUCAAGGCCGACGCUUGCUGUGAAGUGCGAUGUAAUAGAAAAGUGUACGAAACAGUAAUCAACGGCAAUUGGACGGCGCAGGAGCUGGUGGCCCAGUGUCAAAACCGGCACUGACCUCUUUUAUCGUUCCGUGUAUGCAAAAACCGCAGCCACCGUCUGUGUCUGAUGCAUUUGCGUUUGGGGAACAUCAGCACCACCACCAACACCACCAACACGAUCAUUUGAGCAUGUGUUGCAAAUCGUUUACUCGCAUCAUUGGCGGUGCUGAUGGGUAUCUGUGAAGCGUAGAACCUUUCAUUCUUAAAUGGAGUCAAUUAAUUAUUCAAACAACGGACUCCCGUCGGGCUUCGAAAAUGGAUGAACUCAUCUUGGGAGCGCUGUCUGUACGACAGGGUAGUGACAACGCGACGUUCACGGGCGUUACAUUGCGUCACGUACAGGAGAAGGAAAAGGCAUUCGUAGCUACUCGAGCCAGCACUGUACAAUGCUUCUGCUUCUGGUAGAAUCGCUUGAAACGUGAUCACUUUGCACCGAUUUUUCGCAUCGUGACUGUGCGAAGAUACGCUUCAAGAUAUCGAGCUGUUUGUCUGACAAAGUGCCUCAGCCAUCAGCAGGCCGACAAGGCUCAUUGGGCUGCCGGAGUACAAUUCCGACCCAGACAAUCCUUGAUCGAGUUGGUGCUCACGAUCAUUCUCACACGAGACACACGAUCAGUACCGAAGGAGGAAAACGGCGUCUAUGCUAAAUUGGAGGAUUAUGUGUGUGUGAGAGAGAGAGAGAGAUACUCGAGCUGUAAAAAUGCAUCAACACACGACUUCCAUGCGGUGAUGAUCAAUUGUUUUGUGGGCCUGCUAAGUGCACUCGGCUCAAUUGAACCGCAUCUCGAGGUGCUAGUCUCGUCGUUCUUUAUCUCGAUCGAGAAUCUAAGCAACGUUUAGAGCAGGGUUCUGAGUGAUGUGAUCUUGGGCGGGAAAUGAUGAUCGCAGGAAUUUUGUUUUUAUGUUCGAUCUUUGGUGUGGGAAUGCUUUGAAGACUUCAAUACCUACGGCUCGCCCAUUUCAUUCUCAAGCUAGUUUUAAAGUUCUCAAGAUCGAUCUUUCUAGACAACCCUGCAUCACCUGUCCAAAGCUCUCAAGAGCGCUGUGUGAAAUCUGAUCCGAUUUAGCUCAAGUACAUCAGUAGACACUCGGCAUUCAAAAGGCACAAAAGGCUACCGCCUUCCUCGGUGGCGACACUGUGCUAGUAGUAACUGUCAGAUGCAAAACUUAGCAACGAUCGGCCGUUCUCUUGCUUUGAUCUGAGCGGGAAGUACAACAAGAGCAAAUUCUGUGGCGUAUCCGGUGUAGAUCAACCGCGUGUGAGAUUCGCGGUGCCAUGCCAGAUUCUCAGCACACGAGCUUGUAGCGUCUUUAGCAGAGUGGAUUGGGAUUUGCAGGAAUGGUGAAAAAUGAGCCGAUUGAACAACAAUGGGCCGGUUGAGCCGGUGGUGGGAUUUAAGCUCGCGCUCCAUCCCAACUGCUCGAACGGCUCGAACGAAACGAACGAUUCCGGCUCGUCCGCACCGGAGCUUCAUGUGCAGCUGAUCGGGGCGCGCCAUUUGCCGAGCAAUUUUGGACUAAAAAGCGUCGAGGGGUUCAUGGUGAAGGUGAAGCUGUUUCCCGGGGCGAUAAAAUUCGACUCAACCAUACAGAGCAACUCGUGGCCCGAGUUCAACGAGACGUUCCGGUUUCCGCUGGUAACUACGCACAAGUCCUCAUUUCGCGUGAAAAAGAGCGAUAAGCAGAAGGACACCACGGCCCAAUCACUUCCGGAGAAGAUCUUCAACGGGAACUUUGUCGUCUUUACCGUGUUCGCCCUGCUGGAGCUUCCGCCCGGGUACACGUCAACGCUCAAAAGCAAAACGAUGACCUUCAUCCGGCAGGGCAGCCAACGGUUGAAGGAUAAGCCGGUGAUCGGCAAGCUGGUCAAGGAUAUCGAGCCGGCCACGGAGAAGAACGCCAACUUCGACCAGAAGCAAAACCUGAAGCGGCUUACGACGAGCGAAAGCCAGCGCAAUAUCGGCUCGGUGACGUACUUUCUCGAUCCAAAGUGUUUUAUCAGCGCGGGCGAAACGGGAAGCCGGAAGCAUCCGCCCAUCUUCACCACCGAGGAGCUGUGGCUGCCGAUCAAAGACAUUACCAUUACACCGUCGGCCGAAUCGCGUAUCACCGUUCAAAGCAGUCCCCGAGGUCAGGUGGAGGUGACACUGCAGCUGUGCGAUUACACCGAGGUGCACAUCGACACGAAGGCUUCAGCGCGCGAGGACUGCAGCUUCAACAUCGAUGGCCCGUACUCGCCCCCACCGACCUCCCCACUGUCAUUCUCUUCCGGCAGCUCGGAUGCGCCAAAGGUGACACCGUUCGAGACGCGGCGCGCUUACUCCAACGGUUCACCGGUGCCCACCACGAACGCGAACAAAAACCGCUUCAGCUUCGACGUGCGAAAGAUUGUGCGCAGCGUUAAGAAUAAGGACAAAAACCACAAGGGUCUGUGCUUGAAGAUCUCGGUCGCGAAGAUGCGCUGCGGCAUCAAGGUGAAGGAAGAGUUUGAGUCCGUCGCGGAAAAGGUGUACCUCAAGACGACGGUGCUAGAGCACCAGAUUCUGGCAGCUAGCUGGAAAUCGGACCCAUUCCGACCGGCCCUUUCCAGCCGGUGGAACGUGGACGAUUGUACCGUGGUGGUGCCGCUGUGCGGCGAGGCCGGAUUGGAGAAUCUUUCCAUUAAAGUGGCACUGGCGGCUAAGAAUAAGAUGGGCAAGAAGACGCGCCUGGGGACGGUAUUUUUGGGACCAAAGUCGCGCCAGUCCAACCCGGCCAUGGAGGAUCAAUGGCGGAAGAUGAUCCUGUACAAGGGUUCGCCGAUUUCGGUGUGGCACAGCUUCGAGCAGGAGGCCUGAACGGGCUAGAAGAAGGAGGCUUUGUAAAUAUCGAAUGACACGAUGAUUAUACUACCUGUGUGACUUAUAAAACUUGGAAUAAAUAUUUAUUACGUGUGUUUAGCAUAAUA